CAAGUAUGGGGUUAUGAAAGUGGCGAGUUCGCUUACGCAGACUGUCACAAUUUGCCUCGCAGUUAAAGCAAAACGAACGUGACGGACGCCUCGUGUAACGAUGAUGACAAUAAUCAGCCGAUACCACUUCGUUCCCUUCCACUAACUCUACUGGCUCUACUGCUGUAUUCUGAGGACAUCAGUAGAAGAAAGAGUAAGGUUGUCUUAAGAGCAGGGACGUACUAUAUAAAAAGGUCAAUUGUCAGCAUCAGAGUGAUGUCAUAUUUGAGCAGAACGGUAUGGGCAGGGGCCAAGUACCCCCCCAGAAAUGUGAUCAUAAACCGAAACUUCUCAAGGACUUUCCCAAGGAGUGAAAAACCAUCAGAGCCUGUUACAAAACCCGAUGUUUCAGUCCGAAUAGUAACCCACACAGUAAAGCCAUAUCAAAAAUAUGCUUUGGUGUGGGCUGGGACAUACAAAUCAAUUGCUGAUAUUCCAGAUAGAGUUUCACAUGGAGUACUGGAUGCAGCUCUGAACAAGGCUCGUGUCAAGAUUGCUAUCUACAUGAUGAUUGCCACAGCUUUGAUGGCUGGGGCUGCAGUGUAUAGUGGUAAAAAAGCUGCUCAGAAGGGUGAUAGCCUUGCUCUUCGAGGCAUGGAAUACCACAAGCAACUACGUGAGCAAGCAGCUAAUGAGAGAGAAGCAGCUGCUACUAAGUCUGCCCAGUGAUACAGUGAUGAAGUAUUGAUACGAUUUUUGUUAUAGCAGUGUUUUAUCUGUACAAUCUGCAGAAUGGACAGCUGAGAAUAAAAUGGGAUGGAUGACCAGGGUUCAGCAAACCCACUUAUCUGCUUGUCCAUGAUGAGCAGAACAGUCUUUGAAUUUAUUCUGUAAUAUCUCUCAUUUCUCCACAUAUGUGGAGCAGUAAAUGAUAUCUUGUAUACAUACUAUGUAAUAUAUGGGACAAUAUUUUAUGUCUUGUAUGUUGGGAAACAGACUGAUUCAGAGAAAUAACAACUUGGGCAGACAUUUUUGUUUGUUUCAUUCUGGUCCGUCACACUAACAAUUACUACUACUAUUUAAGUUAAAUAGUCACAUUAGAUGGUGUUAUUUUUGUCUUUAUCUGUCUUUGGGCAGACAUAGUUUAUCUUGUUCAGAAAUGUUGAGCAAGCAAAAUUUUUGUAUAACUGGUGAACUGAGCCAGUAUUUGUCGCAUUGAUGGGAAAUAUGUUGUACUCUUCUGAGUCAUGGUAUGUAGGUUUGUAGACAGCAUUUUGGAACCUGC